AUGGGUGACGCAAGUGGAUUAUCAUCUCGUGAAGAAUUAUAUAAAUCCGCGCGAGAGCAUCUGCGCGAGGAGGGCUGGGCUGUCAUCCCCGACGUUCUGACCAAAGAAGAAGCGACGAAUGCACUCGAGAGGCUGUGGAAAGCCAAAGAGACGGGUGAAAGCAAGGGGCACGCGACAUACAUCCCUCGCCUGGAUCCCAACGAGGCCAAUGUUCGGGUGUUCUAUCUUCUCGAGCUAGACCAGAUCUUUCGAGAUCUCAUCGUCCACCCAGUAGCACUCGAUAUGGUAAAAUCAGUCCUGGGAGAGAAUUUCUUGAUCUCCAACUUUACAGCAAAUAUUGCCCGCCCCGGCAGUCAAUCCAUGGCACUCCACAGUGACCAAAGCAUCGUUGUGCCGGAGCCAUGGAAGGAGGUGUGGGCAUUGAACGUCAUUUGGUGCCUGACCGAUGUGUACGGCGACAACGGCGCGACCUUGUAUAUCCCCGGAUCGAACAAGUACGAGUCGAGGCAAGAUAUUCCUCCAGAUGCGAACAAGUUACUACGACCAUUCGAAGCGAAAGCAGGCAGCAUCAUACUGAUGGACGGCCGCGUCUGGCACACAUCCGGCGCCAAUAUCACCAAAGAUCAAGAUAGGGCUUUGAUGUUUGGUUAUUACACCAAGCCUUUCCUUCGACAGCAAGUCAAUUGGACGGCAAAAUUACCCCGCGAAAUACAAGAUACUCUGAGCGACGAGAUGAAGGAGUGGUUGGGUUUGGGUUACAAUGCCAACAUUGCGAGGACGGGCAAUACUUCGUACAAUUAUCUCAGUCGGCAGUUCCCAAAGCCAGAAGAAGCCCAGGCUUGA